AUUGUGUUCGUAGUUGUGCCUUGUAGGUUGAAACAAAAGUUGUAAGAGAAGGCAGAGCAACAUUUUUUUGCCAAUCACGGCCAGAAGAGUGCCAUUGUCGGUUUUUGUUUUUUCCAACAAAACCAAAAUGCGUUGAGAGAGCAAAGAGUCAGAGAAAAGCAACCAGCUGACGAGCUACUGGAGAGAUGAUGAUGUAUGAAGUUCAACUGCUUCGUGCGCCUGCCUAUGAGAGCCAAACUUUGUGCAAGACACGAGAUUGAAGAGAGCUGGCAGAAGAUGAAUAGUACCUUCAUUAAUCACAAACAGGAGGAGUUGUUUGUUCGGCUUUUACCCCAUUCUUAUCUCUACCCUUCUCCAAUAUCUUGUUUUACCGCUCUAAUUUGAUAAAAAUAACUACUCGUUUUGUUUCUUUUCUUGCACUUCUACGACGACCUACCAAAAUAGCACUAUUGUUUCUAUUCUCCCCCACAGCUAGCUCACACAACUACAUCUCUGUAAGUAUCAACAACUCUUUUACUAGUUUUUUAAUAAACAGCUCUGCAAGCAGUAUCUAUAACAACCGAACACAUCAACGAAUCACAUUUUGAAAACUACAAGUUUUUCAACUACUGGAGAAAUAAUAGGCAACUACGAGUCAGAGCAAAAGAAACGAAAACACGACUAGUACUCAAAAAAAGUAUCAGCACCAGUAUUAUUCGUCGAAAAGGAGCCUGAACCACGAUAUUUGCUAUCGUGAAGGUGAAGGUUUAUUCGGACAUCACAUUUGUUGAAAGAUUCUAAAACUAAGACAAUAAGUACGUUAUUGUUUGAAAAUAUCGAGGACGUUCGACCUCUAGGGUCGUCCAGGACGAGCUGUACACUCGUCGAAAAAAAUAAAACACAAACACAAACAGCACAUGAAAAGCAGCACUUGUUGUCUCAACGUGUAGCCUAAAAGGACAAAUUGUAAGAUAGUAGAGGAAGGGAACAAUAUUAAAACACGAUCCUGUCAAAAAAAUCGCGUUUACUUGUCAUCCGCUUGUGUGCUGCUGAAAAAAACGUUCGUCGUUUGACGUUUGAUUUCACUCAGCACCGGAGCAGGAGGUGAACAAGAUCUGGAAGAAGACAGAACUACUUACACUGCAGGAAAGGAAAACCAACAGCACCGAGCGGCACCGCAACCCCUAUCGUCAAAAUGGUGACGCUGUUGGAGGACAACACGAUCGGCGCGGGAGCAGGAGGCGCCGAUCUGGUGAAUAAGAACGAAGACCGCAAUGACAAGUUGCAGAACAAACUCUUCUACAGUCCGCCCGGGCGGCUGAUCCCCACCAAGGAGCUGACGAUUGGCACGCCCUCACACUUCGCGUCGAACAAGGCGACUUUGGCAAGUUCCGGGAGUACGGCGACCACGGCUGCGUCAACGGUCGCGAAUGGAGGCCGUUCUGGGAACAACUAUUCCGGCACUGUGGAUGCUGCCGCGGGGAGUGGCGGCGGCUACAGUCCGGGCACGGCUUCCAACUUCGACGUGCUGUCGCCGUUGAGCUCUGCAGGAGCUUCGGGGAAGAUGAACAUGAACAGUACAGGCAUGCGCAGUCCGAAGAGCGACAACUUCGCGGUGCCCUACAACAACAAUCUGAAGAUGCCGGCGCUGAAGCGCGAGUCCUCUUCCCCGAAACACACCCGGUCGAUCUCUCGCCAGUACUCGAAGGAAUCGUCGGAGAACUUCUUGUAUCAAAUGCAAAAGUAUCGUACUCAUAUGAAUGCAAGUCUUGCAUUACAAAUCUUUUUGUUUUUAUUAAGGCAAAUCCGCAUGACAAAGACAAAUUCCAUUUCUCGCUAAGGAAAUUUGUAUUGCAAUUUAUACUGAUACAACGAUAUUUUUGCAAUGCAUAUCUUGCUUUCCGAGUUCGAUGCGCCCUGGCCCGCGACGGCGGCGGAGAGCGAGUACGGACAGAAUUCUGGCCUGCGCUCUCCCAAGUAUUUGUUGUCCGACUACCGGCAGAAGCUGGAGAGCUACCUGCGCGAAUACUUCCUCGGCGGAGAUUUUCAGGUAUAAGUACACAUUUCUUGUAGUUAUAUGCAAAACAUGCAUCAAGGCCCGUGUUUGUCUUUGUCAUGCAAAAACUGGAUGGGUGGUCGCGGUAUGAUUCACCUUUUUGCUGGAUAUUGGUAUGAAAAUCAAUCUCUAGUAAUAGUCCACCCCCUCCUAGUGCAAAAGCUGAAAUGAAUUUUGGUGAUCUUACAAAUCUUACGUACAUGUUGAUUCAAACCUCCUAAAAUAAAAAUUUCAUCAGGCUUUUGUCGAACUGGUGUUCGCUUUGCGUUGUGACGGCUUCAACGACAUUCUGGUCGCGAAAAUCUUCCGCACCGGCGUGGACAUCACCCCGACGCGAUCCGCGGACCACCCCCUCUCCUGGGAGAACCUGUUAAAGGGGCUGUUGCAGGAGCAGGUGAUUUCGCAGACGGAGCUCCUCCGGGGGCUGUACGGCUUUUGCUGUUCGGUAUCCGACUUGGAAAAGGAUGUCCCGAAUGCCAGUAUUUUGCUGCUGAACUUUUUCGCGAACGUGUUCACGGAAGAGGCUCCGAUGUACAGCGGCACGGGUUCGGGGGAUCAGUCGUCCGGGCAAACCACCGCGUCUGGGAACGAGGACGAGUACGACUACGAUCUGAAUGACAGCCAGGCUGGACAGUCUACGGCCGUCCCUAGUCUGAUCACGCCCACGAACAACCAACGCAUGCUGGUGGUCACCACGCGGUCUGGCACGAAGACGCGCGGUCGCGUGCCCGCGGAGAUUUUCUAUCGCUUUCCCGAGGACGUGCUGCGCAAGCACGGGUCGCCGACGUACGUGGCCAUUGCGGACGAGCUGCGCGACCACAAGAAGGUCCUGCAGAAGGUGUUGCGGGAUUUCAUCCGGACGAAGGACUACGAGCGGGUGAAGAUGAAUUUGAUGGACUUGGAGUCGCAAAGCCUCUUCUGCUAUGCAGUGCAAAUAUGUCUGGAUCUGCAAGGUUGCAACUUGUGAUGCGCAUCUUAGAUCACUGCAAAAUUUGUAUUGCAAAACUAGCAGAAGUUGUCUAUUUUUGGUCAUGAUGAGACCGGAUUUCUCAUGCAGAGUAGGCAUCAUGAAGCUGCUUUCGAAGAACCUGUGGUACUGGUCGCUGCAUGCCAGACUCUACUCUGGGUCAUGCGCAACCUGCAUUACAAACAUGUGCAUUCAUCCAGACUCAGACAUAUUUGCAAUUCAUAUCUGCCACGAGUUCGUGAAGCGCGCGAUCUUGAUGUCGUUGGAUUUCACGCUCGUCGAUCAGAAAGCGGUGUGCGGCUUGCUGCAGAGACUGCGGAAUGACGGUAUAAGUUUUUUGUACGAUGAAAUUGAAAUUGCAACUACGAAAACUACGAAUACAUUUACAUACCAAAACUUUUGCUUCUUCUGAUGCACGCAUAGUAUCACGACGUCAACACACUAGUAGCUUUUGCAUGGUGAUGCACUAGACGAUCUUGUUCUAUGCCAUGUAGAAUCAAACAGCAAGUAAACAAAAACAUUCCCAUCUUCUAAUAUGACAUAAAACUUUAUCAGGUCUCGUCCGCAGUGAGGACUUGCAGCACGGGAUUGCGCUGGUUCUGGGGCGGUUGGACGACGUUUUGAUUGAUGUCCCCAAUGCCAAGCGGAUGGUAGCGGACAUUUUCGUGCAAUUUGUCAAGAUGGAGAUUAUCCCGGCAACGUUGCUGAAGAAGGAGCAGUAUGAAUUGCAAAAGCACCGUACUAGUAGUAGUAGUAGUAGUAGUAGUAGUAGUCGCAUUACAAAUCAGCUCAGCAGGAAUUUGUGAUGGUGUUUUACCUCGGGAUGAAGAUUUGUAAUGCAUGACUGCGAUUACUACGAGCGCGAUGCUUUUGCACAGGAUAAGCAGCAGCUGCAGUACGGCAUGCUUGCGGGCGUGGAGGUGUUGACGGAAGUGCUGCACAAGACACCGGAGUACUCCCGCCAAAUCUGGAACGGGAUCGACGAGCGGUCGCUGUUUCAGGAGAUGGAGUUGGCGAUUGAAGAGCACUUCGAUUCCUACGAUUGCGAGGAAGUGGCGCGGAUCUUGACGGAACUGCACCUGACCCGGGAACUGAAAAUCAAGUUCCUGCGCCGGUUACUGCUGUACUCCAUCGAAAAACGGGACGUGCACACUGGUAUAGAAAAAGAUGCAUGAGAAGUUUUUCAACGUUGAUCAUACUGUCCUCGUCUUGGAAGUGAUUGACUUCAUUUGCAAUCGGUCAUGCAAAAAGUGAUACAGUUACAGUGUGUGUAAUGCAGACUACCGAUUUUUCACCAUGAAUGACAUGACUGAUUUAUGCGAAUCUGUCCAAAAAAGGUUUGAACCUGAUUUCCUACCUGCACGGCAACGGUUCUUUUCUCGCCGCGGACGCGAAGGCCAAGAUGCAGCUGGUGGAGGACUCGCUGGAGUCUAUCCGGUGCGAUAUCGCACGAAAAAGGUGUUUCACUGUAAGGGUUUUGCAAGUUUCGCAUCAGAAGUUCCUGACACAUGACUAAGAAAACUUCGCAUGCGCACUUCCUAACGGAAAGCACACCUAGAAAUUCAAUGUCCUGCAUGUGCAGCACGACAAACACUUCUGUGUUCCAUUCUAUGCAUCACAAGUUUACAGUGAAGCAGUUUUGUCUUUCGAUAUGCGACAGCGAUGAAUUAAUCGUCGACCAACCGGACAUCGAGGAGGCGACCAGCUACGUCGUGGACCAGAUGUUCCGCUACGGACUGAUUUCCGGGGAAUACUACCGCUUGGACCAGCAGUACAUGGUGUAGAGAUUCUUCUUCGUGGUCUACUACAUCUAGAAGUACACUCCGAUAUCAUGACGACAGCAGCAUCACAAAAAAACGUCGACACUCAAUGAACAGCAAGUGAAGUAUCACUGUAUUGAGAAAAUAUGAGUAAGAGUAUGAACAAGAACAGGAGCGGAAAAUCAAUACUCUGUGCAUUUAGUUGUAUGAUCUCUAUCUACAAACGAACUACAAUGAAACUUAAGGAGUACUACGAAUGAACUGAUAUUAUGCCAAUUUACCAAUUUACAAUUAACAUUCAACCUUAUUCAACCAAAAUCUGGAUACAACUUCCUGGGGAGAACUACGGCAUUCGGUUUAUCAGGAGCGGAAACAAUCGAUGCCUUCGAAGAUGAAAGGCGGUAUCCAAGAUACACAACUCAAUUAUUAACUAUGUCAUUGCAACAGAUUCUAGUACGACCAGUACAAAUUCAGUAAAUGUAAAAUCGAGAUAGCAUUGCCGAUGGAUUAUUACGGUGACAUUCAACAUCUGAGUAAAAAGAAAAAGAUACAACAACAUCAGGAGAAAAGUUGUAGGUAAGUAACCGUUUUUAUGACACAUCAUCACGACAAGUACAACGACAUCUUCUAGUAGCACGACUUCAUGACAAAGAUUAUGGCGAGAGUAGAGAACAGAAAAGAUUCAAAAAUACGCAAUCAAUUUCAAAAGUAGCGGCGGAUCACUGUCGACGACAGACGAGGCGAUAAGUUUUUUUUAGGUUACUUGCGCUGCAUACCAGUUGCAGCUGGUAAAUUGAAGGUAAAAUAACAAACUUAACACUGGUCCCCGCUACAGUAUAACAUACUUUUCUGAUUAUGGACUCGUAAAACACAUUUUCCGAUCCGACGCUGUCGUUGGCGCUUUUUUUCGUCAAUAGCAGUCGAGGACCUAGAGCAUCAAGAAAGCCAGUGAGAUUGAUUGUGAGGACACAGGAGUAUGUAAACAUAGCUUACUAUACAACCGAAAAAACUAAAACAACAAAAAAAAACAUCGUGCAUGACCUAUUCUUUCGAAUUAUUCAGUCCAGAAAUUACCGAAAGACCUUGUGACAGGUAUUUCUUCAACAUCUAGACAAAUACCAAGCCAAACCUAAUCUAGCAAGGUCAUUUUUUCACGACGUAUUUUGAUCUUCUUGCACCUCGAUUCUACUGUGCAAGAACUUCUUUUUGACAUAUUUUCUUUCAGUCCUUUCCAGUAACACCGUCCCUUGCUCCUCUUUGAGAGGAAUUUUGCUCCUGUUUUUUUGAAUGUAUCAAACAGCGCGUCCUCGACUUUUCGUCGACGAGCUUAGCGUAUAAUUAUCAUCCCUGUAUUUGUACAAGCGUUUUUGAUACAACUAGUACUCAAAGUUUUGGACAGAAAUUCUAAUUUCAGAGUCCUAUCGCACAACAAGGAGCACUUCGAUUGACCUUCGCUUGCAGCCGCUCGACGGAACGCUAAACUGACUGUCGGUGGUUCUCCGGUCGAGAGGCUGUAAGUGGAUGCAACGUUGAUUUCGCGAUUCGACUCGGCAAUUUUGGCAAAUUUACCUUUCCCACCUCGACAGUGACAGUCGAUCGAGACAAUUUGUUAAACUGCAUAUAGAACAAUUCCUAGAAUUUUCAGCAUAAAGGACGAAAAGCAUAAAAAGGUUUUCGACAAACGACCCAACAAGACCACCGGGCUGAGCAAAUUCUUCUGCAAAAUGACACGACUUCUUGUCUCGAAUUACAACACGACCUUUUGACUAUUGUUUCUUGACUAUCAUCUUGUCCCCUUCUUGAUGCAUUUUUUGACAACUAUUUUUUUUGAAAACGACGAACAUGCUGCCCUACCUGCAAGUGAUCCAUUCUGCUUCGAACGGUCUGUGUAAGUAUAUUUCUGACGAAGCGAAUGGUCCUCGUGUGGGUGUAGGUAGCUAAAUUUCUGCAAAUUUUGGCGACCUUCUUUUUGACGGCUAUACCUACCAAACAACAUACUCAUAAGUCUACCCACUACAUUGGUCUAAGCGGCUUCUACAGCUUAUGCUUAAGUGAAUAGAGUCACGCCGCGGCGACGAUCACGCAUUCAACCCGUCGAGCGUACAUCCGCUGGAAUAAACUGAAGAGCAAGCACGGACUACUUUUUUGUGUCGAUUACGAUUUCUGACACGACAACAUAUAUCGAGAACAAGGAAGAGAUGCGGCACUUAAAGUUGCGCAUCUUGACCUCCUCGAGCAGCGCUCUCGCCACGGCACAAGAAGACGAGAGAAUUUAUUCGAUUUACUUUUGCCCCAACAUGUAGUUUUGACAACUUUCUUGAAUGAACUUCUUUCUCAAUGCUUGUACAAAUGCCAUCACCAGCACACAUUGUUUAUUCCGUGUCAAACUUUUUGGUACAACUUUUACCGGACAGAUCUAUACAGAGAACAGGAGUACGGACAUAAACUAGACAAAAAAAAAAACAAAGCAGCACAAGGAACGGUCAAUUUACUAUACAGCGUUUUUGUGUAGAAUUAGAUAACCUACCUUUUAGAAGUUUCACGAAAACAACACAAAACGGCGGACAGUGCUAGCAGCCGGAUCAGUAGUUGCAUCGCACCUUUCUCCUAGACCGAUGAGAAACAUGCAUAGUGUGCCGCGCUGCGACCCCUUCCACCAGGACAUUCUAAUCACCACUAUGCAGCCGCAACAAAAAUCUGUCGCUCUACUGAAGAAGGUGCUGAAAAGCAAAAAGGCAGCCGAUCAACUUCCAGUUCCAUUUACUUCCAUGGUGCCGCCACAGCUGCUAUUAAUUUCUGCUUUUGCUCUUUGCAAUUAUUGCAUCUGUCUUCGGCCGUCGUGCAUGUACAAUUCAUUUUUGAACCAAUUUGUGCAAGAAUGCAGCGAAAAGCAAGGCGAACUUCACUGAAACAAUAAGCCUUGAAAAACACUCUUUAGCAAAAACCGAAUGCUUUCAAUUCGAAUGUACAAUGC